AUGUCCCUAAGGCUGGCGCCGCGCUCCCCAGCAAGCCCCCCGCCGCCCUCCCCUGAGGAGACCGCCUUCCUGGCCGUGCUCAUCACGAGCGGCCCCAAGUACAGCGAGCGCCGCAGCAUCAUCCGCAGCACGUGGCUCUCGGCCGCCGGGCGCCCCCCUCACGACGACAUCUGGAGCCGCUUUGUGAUCGGCACAGGUGGGCUCGGGGCAGAGGAGCUUCGUAGCCUGGAGCUAGAGCAGAGCCGGCACAGAGACCUCCUCCUUCUGCCAGAGCUGCGGGAUUCCUACGAGAACCUGACUGCUAAAGUCCUGGCCACGUACGUCUGGCUGGAUCUGCACCUGGACUUCCAGUUUGCCCUGAAGGCCGACGACGAUACCUUCGUACGCUUGGAUGUGCUCGUGGAAGAGCUGAGAGCCAAGGAGCCGCGUCGCCUCUACUGGGGCUUCUUUUCUGGCCGCGGUCGAGUCAAAUCCGGUGGCAAAUGGAAAGAGAGCGCCUGGGUGCUCUGUGACUACUACCUACCGUACGCUCUGGGUGGUGGUUAUGUGAUUUCUGCAGAUCUGGUGCACUAUUUGCGUCUUAGCAGAGACUACCUGAACAUGUGGCAGAGUGAGGAUGUUUCCCUGGGGGUGUGGCUGGCUCCCAUCGAUGUGAAGAGAGUGCACGACCCUCGUUUUGACACUGAGUAUAAGUCACGAGGUUGCAACAAUAAGUACAUAGUAACUCAUAAGCAAAGCAUCGAGGACAUGCUGGAAAAGCACCAGACCCUGGCUAAAGAAGGAAAGCUCUGUAAGGAGGAGGUUAAGCUCAGGCUUUCCUACAUGUAUGAUUGGGGAGUGCCUCCUUCACAGUGUUGCCAAAGGAAGGAUGGCAUCCCGUGAAAGCCUGAGGAAGGAAAAGGCAGAAUGUUGAUGGACUCUCUUGAGCGUGGUUACGGUUACUUGGGGAGAAUCCCAGUAAUUAGGGCUUAAAAAUUACUCAAAAGAUUUUGCACGAUUCAUUAUGUCACAAUCAAUGAAACCCUGAAACUCCUAAGAGCUACUGAUGUGGCAUGAUGUAGAGAUGCUUAAAAAAAAAAAAAAAAGACAAAAAGCAUGGAAAGGCUCAUAUGACAGGAUUGAAGGCAAAUAAUUGGUUGCAAAAUACAGAUAGUACAGAAAAUUUGGGGGAGAUAACUUGGAUGAAAAGUUGCUGGAAGAUUUUUAACAGAACCUAAGAUUUAUUUGCUAAAGAUCGUGACAGGCCUUUAUGCUAUCUAUAAGAUUGUGAAACUAGCAUCUGCUGUUUAUUUCUUGGCAAGGAACAAGUGUCAGUUUGGCAAGGUUUGAAGAUUCUAAUGGGGCCGCAAAUCAGUUGCUAUUGGCAGUGGGAACAGGUGACUGGUUAUUGACACAAGCAGUCAAGUGAAGGGAACAAUUUCACGUAGGAUAUUCGCGUUAGGGGAGGGAGAGAGAGUCUGUUCUUUGGCGAGUGCUCUGAUUUACAAGAAUGGAAUUAUUAGACCUUCUGUGUAACUUGUCUCUAAGCUUUUUGUUGUUUUAAAGAGUAAGUCUAUAUUUAGAAAGGUGGAUGAGUUAUGGUAUUUGGCAGAUAGAGAAUACAUUAUCUUAUUUUGGGAUCAAAUAGUUAUGCUACAAAGCUAGCCUUCAGUUGUUAGGCAUAGGUGUUGUUCUUAGCUUAUCCUCCAAACAUACCAUGUAUGAAGAAACAUCUCGUCUCCCAACAGUAAGUAAUCUCACUGACUACUACAAGGUCAGACGUUGUAGGCUUCAGGCUUAUAUUGUUCCAGAUUGCUUCUGUAAAAUGUAAAUUAGCAGGAUUAGAUCAGUGGAAGCUAUUCAGAGUUCAAACAACGUUGCCCUAACGUGGGUACCUCAGCUAAGAAAGUAAACUCUGUAUGUAGUCAAGAGAAAUAGGUUCCCCCCACCCCCCAAAUUCCUGUUUGAGGAGAACCUUGUCUCUCUUUUCAGGAGCUACCCUGCAAUCUAAGGAGACUAAUCCCCCAACAGUCACAUUUAGAUGCCCGAAGCUAGACUGUGUGGAUUCUCCGCUUCUCUCCAAUAGCACCUUAUAGUGGAACUAAAAAUAAUCUUACAGGAGGUCUAAGUUAAUUGCUCAAGUGAUAUGUCAAUAAAUGGGAUCAUGUCCCUUAGUCCUGCCUACACUACAAAUAAUUCUAGUACUGACAGCUUCUCAGCAUCAGGUGCGGUAUUGAAAGCAGACAGGACAUUCUUGGCUGUAGAACAGAUCACUUCUUACACAAUUUCGCCAUAUUACUUAUCUGCAAACCGUUAGGUAAGCCUGUAAUUCAAACAUUUUUGAAUAGCAGGUGCUCUAAUACACAGAAAUAUUUUUUUUCCAGUACUAAUACAGAGCUACUGACUUCCAGUAACCUUUGUCAGCUACAGAUCUUUCAGUAUAAGCAGAGUUUUUACUUUUAUGCCUGAAGGGCAUUCUUAAUUAUCAGUUUUACUGUUUGUUGCACACUGCACUUUCAUACAAUUUC